UUCAGCGCCCCGCGAGGCGGAAGCGGCCGGAGGAGGAGGAGGGGGAGACGCCAGUCCGCGCCUGGGCGGCCGGGGCGGCACGAGCCCGCGGUCCGAGUGCGAGGCGGAGGCGAGGAGGCCGCGGGGACGGGAGGCGAGGCCGGCCGGGCCCCCGCAGCCAUGGAGAACGCGCACACAAAGACGGUGGAGGAGGUGCUGGGUCACUUCGGUGUCAACGAGAGCACGGGGCUGAGCUUGGAGCAGGUCAAGAAGCUCAAGGAGAGAUGGGGCUCCAACGAGUUACCUGCUGAAGAAGGAAAAACCUUACUGGAACUUGUGAUUGAGCAGUUUGAAGACUUACUAGUCAGAAUUUUAUUGUUGGCAGCAUGUAUAUCUUUUGUUUUGGCUUGGUUUGAAGAAGGUGAAGAAACAAUUACAGCCUUUGUAGAACCCUUUGUAAUUUUACUUAUAUUAGUAGCCAAUGCAAUUGUGGGUGUAUGGCAGGAAAGAAAUGCUGAAAAUGCGAUUGAAGCCCUUAAGGAAUACGAGCCUGAAAUGGGCAAAGUGUAUCGACAGGACAGAAAGAGUGUACAACGGAUUAAAGCUAAAGACAUAGUUCCUGGUGAUAUUGUAGAAAUUGCUGUUGGUGACAAAGUUCCUGCUGAUAUAAGAUUAACUUCUAUCAAAUCUACUACUCUAAGAGUCGACCAGUCAAUUCUCACAGGUGAAUCUGUCUCUGUCAUCAAGCACACUGACCCUGUCCCUGACCCACGAGCUGUCAACCAAGAUAAGAAGAACAUGCUCUUUUCUGGUACAAACAUUGCUGCUGGCAAAGCCAUGGGAGUGGUGGUGGCAACUGGAGUUAACACUGAAAUUGGCAAGAUCCGGGAUGAAAUGGUUGCAACAGAACAGGAGAGAACACCCCUCCAGCAAAAACUAGAUGAGUUUGGGGAACAGCUUUCCAAAGUCAUCUCCCUUAUUUGCAUCGCAGUCUGGAUCAUAAACAUUGGGCACUUCAAUGAUCCAGUUCAUGGAGGCUCCUGGAUCAGAGGUGCUAUUUACUACUUUAAGAUUGCAGUGGCCCUGGCUGUAGCAGCCAUUCCUGAAGGUCUGCCUGCUGUCAUCACCACCUGCCUGGCCCUUGGAACUCGUAGAAUGGCAAAGAAAAAUGCCAUUGUUCGAAGCCUCCCUUCCGUGGAAACCCUUGGUUGUACUUCUGUUAUCUGCUCAGACAAGACUGGUACACUUACAACGAACCAGAUGUCUGCCUGCAGGAUGUUCAUUCUGGACAAAGUUGAAGGUGAUACUUGUGCCCUGAAUGAAUUUACCAUAAGUGGAUCAACAUAUGCACCUGUUGGAGAAGUGUAUAAAGAUGAUAAACCAGUGAAAUGUCAUCAAUAUGAUGGUCUUGUAGAAUUGGCAACAAUUUGUGCUCUUUGUAAUGACUCUGCUUUGGAUUACAAUGAGGCAAAGGGUGUGUAUGAGAAAGUUGGAGAAGCUACAGAGACCGCUCUCACUUGCCUGGUAGAGAAGAUGAAUGUAUUUGAUACUGAAUUGAAGGGUCUUUCUAAAAUAGAACGAGCGAACGCCUGCAACUCGGUCAUUAAACAGUUGAUGAAAAAAGAAUUUACUCUAGAGUUUUCACGCGAUAGAAAAUCAAUGUCGGUUUAUUGCACACCAAACAAGCCAAGCCGGACAUCGAUGAGCAAGAUGUUUGUGAAGGGUGCUCCUGAAGGUGUCAUUGAGAGGUGUACCCACAUUCGAGUUGGAAGUACUAAAGUCGCUAUGACCCCUGGAGUCAAGCAGAAGAUCAUGUCUGUCAUUAGGGAAUGGGGUAGUGGCAGCGACACACUGCGAUGCCUGGCUCUGGCCACUCAUGACAACCCACUGAGAAGAGAAGAAAUGAACCUUGAGGACUCUGCCAACUUUAUUAAAUACGAGACCAAUUUGACUUUCGUUGGCUGUGUGGGCAUGCUCGACCCUCCAAGAAUUGAAGUUGCCUCUUCUGUGAAGUUGUGCCGGCAGGCAGGCAUCCGGGUCAUCAUGAUCACAGGAGACAACAAGGGCACUGCUGUGGCCAUUUGUCGCCGCAUUGGGAUCUUUGGGCAGGACGAGGAUGUGACGUCAAAGGCUUUUACAGGUCGGGAAUUUGAUGAGCUCAAUCCUUCAGCCCAAAGAGAUGCCUGCUUGAAUGCCCGCUGUUUUGCUCGAGUUGAACCUUCCCACAAGUCUAAAAUUGUAGAAUUUCUUCAGUCUUUUGAUGAGAUUACAGCUAUGACUGGGGAUGGUGUGAACGACGCCCCUGCUCUGAAGAAAGCCGAGAUCGGCAUUGCCAUGGGCUCUGGCACCGCAGUGGCUAAAACUGCCUCUGAGAUGGUCCUGGCCGAUGACAACUUCUCCACCAUUGUGGCUGCCGUGGAGGAGGGGCGGGCCAUCUACAACAACAUGAAGCAGUUCAUCCGCUACCUCAUCUCCUCCAACGUGGGAGAAGUUGUCUGUAUUUUCCUGACAGCAGCCCUUGGAUUUCCUGAGGCUUUAAUUCCUGUCCAGCUGCUCUGGGUCAAUCUAGUGACAGAUGGCCUGCCCGCCACCGCAUUGGGGUUCAACCCUCCUGAUCUGGACAUCAUGAAUAAGCCACCCCGGAACCCAAAGGAACCCCUGAUCAGUGGGUGGCUCUUUUUCCGUUACCUGGCAAUUGGCUGUUAUGUGGGCGCUGCUACUGUGGGCGCUGCUGCCUGGUGGUUCAUUGCUGCAGACGGCGGUCCAAGAGUGUCGUUCUACCAGCUGAGUCAUUUCCUACAGUGUAAAGAGGACAACCCGGACUUUGAAGGAGUGGAUUGUGCAAUCUUUGAAUCCCCGUACCCGAUGACAAUGGCACUCUCUGUUCUAGUAACCAUAGAGAUGUGUAACGCCCUCAAUAGCUUGUCUGAAAACCAGUCUCUGCUGAGGAUGCCCCCUUGGGAGAACAUCUGGCUCGUGGGCUCCAUCUGCCUCUCCAUGUCACUCCACUUCCUGAUCCUCUACGUGGAGCCCUUGCCACUUAUCUUCCAGAUCACACCGCUGAAUUUGACCCAGUGGCUGAUGGUGCUGAAAAUCUCCUUGCCUGUGAUUCUAAUGGACGAGACACUCAAGUUUGUGGCCCGCAACUACCUGGAACCUGGUAAAGAGUGUGUGCAGCCCGCCACCAAAUCCUGCUCGUUCUCGGCAUGCACCGAUGGGAUUUCCUGGCCGUUUGUGCUGUUCAUAAUGCCCUUGGUGAUCUGGGUGUAUAGCACAGACACUAACUUUAGUGAUAUGUUCUGGUCUUGACUGACAGUUUUACAUAAAAGAAGAUGUUUAACUUAAUCAAUUAAUUUUUUAUUGUUUAAAGCAACUGUCUAUUUCUGCUGAAUUUUCACAUGAACAUAUUGGCUGGUGAAGGAGGUUUCAUACUCUAGAUUUUGUUUUUGCUUUUUCUGACUCCAGUGGGGCAAGAUUUUCCUUUUUUAUACACAUAAUUAAAGUGUCCAUUGACAUGUACAGAGAACUAACACUAUUUUAUGCAAAUAUUUUUUUGUAGAUGAAAAAGCAUGUACAGUGUUCUGUUUAAUACUCAUCCUUGUAUAAAAAAAAAAAGUUGAGCCAGCAGACAUUGUCAGCAAAUUAAUUGGCAGCAGAUUUUAGGAAAUGAAUGUGUGUGUGGUUUUUUUUUUUUUUUUUUUUUUUUUCUAAAAUGAAAUAGCAUGUAUUGUGUCUUUUGCAUGAUCAUCUGGAUUUAAUCUGAGAUCACAGUCUAAUUUUUAUUCAUAAGCCAAUUUUUCUGCACUGGGCAGAGUACUGCUACCUCAGUCAGUAUUUUUUGGUUUGCCACUCCCUCACCCCUCUUGGUUCACCCCCACCCCUGCUCGGCUGCUUCUGUAGGAUUUCGAUGGUUCUGUUUACAUCAGUCUUAACAAGAGGUAUGCCUGUUCUCGCUUGUGCAGAAAACAUCGUUUCAGAUUUGAUUGACUGGGUUCGUGUCCCCUCACAUAGUUUUUAAGGUUAUUUAUUUAAAUGUCUAGUAUAUUUUAUUGUAACAGACAUUGUUUUGCCAACAUUGCCUAUUUCAGUGGCACUUCACAAUCUAGCUUAAAAAAAUAAAACAUUUUAAAUGGACAGAAAAAUAACUGCCUUGUUUUUAACUCUUAAGUGGCCUAGCUUGAACUAUCAACUUUCUCAAGUUCUUAGCUCAGACCUUUAGUUUUACUGUGCUCAUGGGGAAGAAGGAUCCUGUUCUGCUGCAUAGGUAGUUGUAGGAAUUUAAUUUUUUAAUGUAUAGGCACUGUCAUCUGUGACUCAUUUUAUGCAAGUUUUCUGCUGGCCUGUUUUAGCCUAGUAUAGAGAACAUAAGGGCAGGUGUGUGUGUGUGUAUGUGCGUGUAUGUGUUUUGUAAAAUCUGUAAAUAGCACAUGACCGAAUGACAUACUGUAUAGAACUAUUUUUAUCUGAAUGUGGCCCUAACCACCACCGUCGUACUAUGGUGAAUGUCUGCGCAUGUUCCAGAUCAGCCUUACCAACCGUGUAUGAGUCAUUAACAGUCCUAACUGUGGUGUUUUCCUCCAAUGCCUUCCAACAUCCAUCAACUAAUGUGAGUAUUCCCUGGAAUUCGGAUACUUCAGCCUGAAGGUGACUGCCACCAAGUGGCUAGCUGUAUGGCACUAACGAGUAAGCCCCUUGUGUCAGGCACUGCUGUGCUGAGGCUGUCCCUGAGAGCAGUGGGCAUAUGAUGUGUGCUACCUGUGCACACGCGGGCCAGGUAGUGCCUAGGACAGGGGCAUGGCCAGAUGUUGGUCGGGAGGCCUGGAGGAAGAGGAGCUGUUCUGAUUUGGUCAGACUGAGGCCGAGGGAGCUGUGCCUUUGCUAGUGCUGCGGUGAGGGUUCACACAAAGUGGUUCUUUCGGUCUUUGUAGCUGCAAGGACUCAUCCCAGAACCUUGGUUCAUUAAAAAGCAAAAAGCUAGUGAAAGCAAGUAACUGAAUCAGUCAACUUACAAAUCUGUAGGUACCUUUCUUCACCUUCGGGGUCACAUCCUUUGCAGCUGAGACUUGUCUUCUCUCUACAGGGGACAUUAAAGCAGUUAGUAGGGCAUGGGCUCUGCUUGGCCAGCAGCCAGCCACCCUUGGCGUUAGCCAGGGAGAAGGAGGCAUAGGCAGCUAUGUAUUUGGUGAGCUGGCAGCUUCCUCCCUGUGAAGCCCAUGUUCUUGUAAAGGUACUUGGACCCUGGUUGCUGGGCCAGAGGAUGUGUUGUAAAUGCUGGCAGUUUGGAGAAAGUUAACAGGUAUCAGGCAGGACGAGGUGCUGCUGCCAAAUCUAAGUGUAAAGAGGCAGAAGUGGACUGUGGAGACUGAGUACAGAGCCCUGCCUGGCUCACUGAGGCCUCUCAGGAAAGGAGGUUGGUUUGCUCGACAGAGGAUAUAGGGGAGUAGGUUUUGCCAAUUUCAGCAUCACGAGGGGUAAAAAGAAAAGGCUGGAUAAAAUGCAAAGUGUGCAUCUUGGCUACAAACCAAAACAGGAUGUCUGAGCUUGUUGGGUAGUGUGCUGUUCAGUGGAAACCAAACUAAAUAGUCAACUUUUCCUGACUCAGUUCCUUGAUUUAGUGGCUUUUACAAAAUAAGUGGAGCGCUGCGGGCUGCUGGAGGAGACGAGGAGAACCCCAGAUGGCCCUGGGCUGGCGCUGCCUUGUGGCUUCUCGGCUUCAUGCCCAUCCAGCCCACAGAGGCAGUUCGGGCACCCACUUCCCUCAGCCCAGACAGCUGGGAGCGGGGAGGACCCACUGCUGCCUCCAGCAGAGUCCUCGUGUCCACUCCGCGUCAGCCUUUGCCUCUGAAACACGUCUGUUUCAGUGCAUCCUCAGUGGUUGUGUUGCUGUGGGCACAUCCCUAGCCUCGGGUCUCCCACUCCCCCAACAGGAAGGCACUGCUGGCCUCUGCUGUAGCCACUCUCAGUGACUGGAUGGCGCAGCGUCUUCCUCAGGCGCACCCUGCAGUUCUUGCCUGAAGCACUUCCCCUGUGGGCCUGCAGCCUGUCCCAUCAGAGUGUCUGCGUCUUGGAUGGCGGUCUCUGUCCAUCCCCUCCCACUCCGGCAGUUCACUCCGCAUUUGCAGUACAGGUGACGUGUCCGGUUAGAGCUGCGUGAGCUCACGGACAAGGCAUCUGCCAGCCUCCCUCAAACUGGGGCCUCAGCCCUCUGGAUGUCUGUGUGGUGGGCAUUCCUGAGCAGUAUGAGGCCACAAGUGUUAGCUCAGUGUCUGCCAAGCACCUACCCACAGCCCAGAGCCUGCUGUGUCUGCAGAGCUAAGUCGGCCGUUGCCUUUUAAAUUUAACCACCAAAUCCUGUCAAAGCCACCACCCUGCAGUUAACAAUAAGGGUAACCUCCAGCCUUCUCUCUUGAAACGAGGUAUAGCUGUUUCCCAGUCUGGGCAGGGCUAGGCCUCUGCAGCAGGGGCUGCCCCUGGGGAAGGGUGGGGAGGAGGGAGCUAGAAGCUUGGUGCUGACUGCACACUGCUCACUCUGCUUCGUCUCCCUGCACUGCUAACCAGAACUGUCCCUUCUCUUGCUCAUCGCACUCCUGUUAGACCUGAAGCCAUUAGGGGUUUGCCUGGUGGGGUUCUCCUGGGAGCCAGGAGGCCGGGCUUCGCUCUGUAGCCAGAUGGCAGCAGGGAUCUGCGUGGCCGAGCCAGUGCUUCAGCUGCCGCCCUGUGUGGGCAGUGCCUCGGGGACAGUUCGUCAGACAUGCUGGUCUCGAGAUCUUAAAAGAUCAAAGUGCAUACAUAUACCCUUUCACCUGUCACUAGUCUUAGUAGUUAUUCAAACAUUUCCUCCCCGUAUUUCAUAAAGCUGAUUUCCUCUUUCUUUCCUUUACAGCAAUACUGGAGUAACCGCUUCCUAAGCCAUUUUGCAGAAAUGUAAGGGUGUUUCGGUUGCGUGCAUGUGCGUUUUUAGCAACACAUCUACCAGCCCUCUGCAUGAAUGAAGUUGGGGUGGGGGGAGAAAAGUAGAAAAAAAGCCCCCAACUCAUUGUGUGUUACGUGGAGGAAAUGUGUAUUACCAAUGGGGUUUUUAGCUUUUAAAUCAAAAUAAUGAUUAAAGAUGUACAAUUUAGCUUAAUGAAAUCAGAAAGCCUCUCCAGAGAAUUUUGGUUUCUUUGCUGCAAGAAGAAUGAGGUUCUGAAACUUUAUCCAAGAACUUAGAUGCCAUCAGCCAAGUCUCCAUACUUCUCUGUGCAAAAUGUCAUAGCUUAUAUAAAUGUACAAUAUUCGGUUGUAAUGCAUGCCUUCAAUUGUAAGUAGCCAGAUUUCUCUACGGUGUCAUUGAAACAUGCUACUUUUUAAUUGGCCCUGUACAGUUUUGCUUAUUUAUAAAUUUAUUGAAAACACUACAGGUGUUGAAUGGUUAAAAUGUAGGCCUCCAGUUCAUAACUUGUUAUUUUUUGAGUGUGCAAACAGCUAUUUUGCACUGUACUAAGUGUAACUUAUUUAAUGAAAUCAGAAGCAGUAGACAGAUAUUGGUGCAAUACAAAUAUUGUGAUGCAUUUAUCUUAAUAAAAUGCUAAAUGUCAAUUUAUCACAACGCAUGUUUGACUUUAGACUGUAAAUAGAGAUCAGUUUAUUUCUGUGCUGAUACGCAUUGCACAGAUAUGGUUUCAGGUAAAUAAAUCUAUUCUACGAUAACGUCA